GCGCUGUGCAAACGAAAGGUCUCGAAGCUUCUACACUGUCCAUUUCCCCACCGACUACGUCUACAUGCCAGCCUCCAAACUCCACAGAAUUUUCUCGAACUCACCCACUUUACUCUUUUUUUAUAUUCCCUUCAAAGCCAGCGCUCACACUAAUCCAAGCCUUGACCCCAACUCAUCUAACUUGCCCCAAUUCGUAUUUUCCCUAAGUUGAGGCAUUUUCACAAACGCCUUACAAUGGCCGAAGAAGGAGUCGUCACACUCUACAACGGCAGUGCCAUCACCGACGCCAAGAAGAACCCAUUUUCGAUCAAGGUUGGUCUGACUCAAAUGCUACGUGGCGGGGUCAUUGUUGAAGUUUCCAAUUUGGAGCAAGCCAAGAUCGCGGAAGCUUCUGGAGCUUGUUCGGUGAUGGUGUCUGAGCCUUCUAGACGAGGGAUUAAGCGUAUGCCUGAUCCUUGUCUUAUCAAAAGUAUCAAACAAGUGGUUAAUGUUCCUGUGAUGUCACGCGUUCGUGUUGGGCACUUUGUUGAGGCUCAGAUUCUUGAAAGCAUUGAGGUUGAUUAUGUUGAUGAAAGCGAGGUUUUGGAGUUUGCUGAUGAAAGUAAUUUUAUUAAUAAACAUAACUUUAGGUGUCCAUUUGUUUGUGGUUGUGGGAGUCUUGGAGAAGCUUUGAGGAGAGUGAGGGAGGGGUCAGCUAUGAUAAGGAUACAAGGGGACUUGUGUGGGUCUGGAAAUGUGGCUGAGACUGUUAAAAAUGUGAGGUCUGUGAUGGGAGACAUCAGAAUUUUGAAUAACAUGGAUGAAGAUGAGGUUUUUGCGUUUGCGAAGAAGAUUGCUGCGCCUUAUGAUUUGGUGGCUCAGACUAAGCAAAUGGGGAGACUGCCCGUGGUUCAAUUUUCUGCAGGUGGCAUUGUGACGCCUGCAGAUGCUGCCUUGAUGAUGCAGCUGGGAUGUGAUGGUGUGUUUGUGGGUUCAGAGGUUUUUGACUCCCCGGAUCCGUACAAGAGAGUAAGGGGUAUUGUGCAGGCUACUAGACAUUAUAAUGAUCCCCAUGUGUUGGUGGAGUGUAGCUGUGGAUUUGAGGAUGCUGUGGCGGGGCUUAAUCUUAAUGAGGACAGUAUCGAACAGUUUGCUCAAGAAGGCGUGUAAUGAGUCUUGAUGCAACUUCUUCUCGAUGGACAACAUAAUAGAGCUGAUUGUCCCAUCGAGUUUUAAAGUAGACUGAAGGUGAAGGAGUUUUUAUAGGGGGCUUCUGGAUAUUUUUUCUUAGAAGUUCAACAUUUCCAUGGACUUGUAUCUUCCCUGCGAGGGUAUUCCCACUGUAAGUUCUGUUUGUUUUUAUUGAAGGAUCUCUGUUUAGUUUACUUGUUCUAAAUCUUUGGGCCACUGGGUUCUGUUCUUUUGUCGGAUGAAACAAUAGUCCGAUAUAAAGAAGGUUCCUAGAUGCACUACAAGAACUCUUCCUGUAGGAGAAUAUGGAUAAAUUUACCGUGAACACGCCUUAGACCUACCUGAGGAAGAAACUUCGAGGGAGAAGAAGAUUUGUAGCUUAAGAGAUCAUCUUCUGUCAUGUGAUUUUGUAGUUUCUGUUUCCCUCUGAGGAGAUUUAGGCUUGUACAAUGAGACAUGCCACCUAGUUUGCAGGGCUCAGUUGUUUGAGUUGCAUAUGUUCUCGCGGACUAAAGGUAGUUGCUUAUGCAUGUACUUGUGAAUUAAAAAUUCUUGCACUUGUAAUUAAUUUGAAUAAAUUAAAAUCAUGUUUAUUA